AUGGCCAUGACACCAGAAGCACAAACUCAAGAUGCUCGAGACAACUUUGACGCACGUCCAGCGAGCAAUGGCCCCCAGCUCAAAUUCCGCCCUGGCCAUCUCGGCUCCAGUCCGACAUUACCUUCACCAAGAGCUGAAGGCGCCACAACGGACAUAGACGGGCGAAAGAAGCGUGGGGAUUCUGCUAUCCCAAGGAUGCCUGGCAUUGCAACUACGGUAGUCCAAUAUACCCUCGCCCACGGGGCGAGUAUCAUCCUAAUGGUCUCCUUGAUUUUCGGAGGUUGCUGUGCAAAUGUAUUCGCUCUUGAAGCAAUAAUCAAGGACGAACCAAGUUCAGGGCCGUUGAUAACAUUCGCCCAAUUCAUCCUAACGGCUCUUUUUAUGUUACCGAGCUUCUUCUCCCCAUCAGCAGGCUUGGGGUCGAUCUUCCUGAGCCGGCGCUCAAUACCGUUAAAGUCAUGGUUCACUUACACGGCCUUUUUCAUCUCGGUGAAUCUCUUGAAUAAUUGGGCAUUUGCGUAUCGGAUUUCGGUACCUCUGCAUAUUAUUCUGAGAUCUGGGGGCCCAGUCGCAUCCAUUGCUGUUGGUUAUCUGUACGCUGGAAAAAGAUAUUCCGGGGGGCAAAUUCUUUCAGUCGCGCUGCUUACUUUCGGGGUCAUUACUUCUGCAUUAGCAGAUGCGCAGGCAAAAGGACAAGCUAUACGAAUCGGUGCUGGCGGAGGCUCUAGUAUAUUCAACACUCUUACUGGCUUUGCUAUUCUCGCGUUAGCUAUGCUUCUCUCUGCAUUUCAGGGGAUUUACGCAGAUCGACUGUAUGAAACGUUUGGACGCAACCAUUGGAAAGAAGCUCUAUUCUAUUCUCAUACACUAUCUCUACCAUUGUUCUUUCCGGCUUUUCCGCAGCUCCUAACACAAUGGCGCGCAUUGAACUCGUCAACUUCGCUGCUGUAUCAGAUUACAGCCAUGUCCGAAAACUCGAGCGCAUUGUUUGCCUCUGGCGACGCAGCCGGCCCAGGUGACUCAUGUGCGGUGUCCAUAAACACUCCAGCCAAAGCUUUUCUCCGCCUACUUGUUACUUACCGUGAGUAUGACGCUUUCCAGCCUAUUUUGGCUAUUAUCCCGAUCCAAGUCUUCUACCUGCUAUUGAACGCCUUGACGCAAUACUGGUGUAUACGUGGAGUGCACCUUCUCUCGGCAAAAUCAUCAUCUUUGACUGUUACUAUUAUCCUGAACGUUCGGAAGCUUGUUUCGCUCUUGCUGUCCAUACAUAUUUUCGGAAAUUCUCUUUCGCAUGGUGUGCUAGCCGGGGCUAUACUUGUGUUUGUGGGCGGAGGCAUGUAUGGCUUCGAAAGUGCACGACUGAGGGGAGCAGCCUUGAAGAAGGAUUAA